UCGAUUCCGCUUUCUUCUCGCUCCCUUUUCUCUCUCUCUCUCUCUCGCUCUGUGCGAAUUCCUUUUUCUCUCUUUGUACGCGAAAGCGACCGCAGAUCCUAAUGCAGUUACUGAAAUUUCGAUGUUCUGGGAAGAUUUUAUGGCGAUCGGGUUGAUUCUUCCCGGUUUGAUCAGAAUCUGAGUUCUUGCUAAAGCAUUCUUAUCGCUUACAGUUAUUCAAAAUUUCAAAUAUGUGGAAGUUCAAACCAUUUGCUCAAAAAGAACCCGCGGGGCUAGAAGGCCGAUAUCUCGAUGUUGGAAAUCUUAAAAUUCAAGUCAGGAACAUCAUUGCAGAAGGAGGUUUCUCCAGUGUCUACUUGGCUCAGGAUGCAACACAUGCAUCAAAGCAGUAUGCUUUGAAGCACAUUAUAUGCAAUGACGGAGAGUCACUAGAACUUGUGAUGAAAGAGAUCUCGGUAAUGAAAUCUCUGAAGGGACAUCCAAAUGUUGUCACGCUCUAUUCACAUGGUAUCUUGGACAUGGGGAGAAAAAAAGAAGCCCUUCUAGUGAUGGAAUUUUGCGGGAAAUCUCUCGUCAGUGUACUGGAGAGCAGAGGUUCUGAUUACUUUGAAGAGAAACGGGUUCUUUCGAUUUUCAGAGAUGUGUGCAAUGCUGUCUUUGCUAUGCAUUGUCAAUCGCCGCCUAUUGCUCACAGGGACUUGAAGGCUGAGAACCUUCUGCUAAGUUCAGAAGGACAGUGGAAGUUGUGUGACUUUGGGAGCAUUUCAACUAAUCACAAGAGAUUUGAAAGGGCCGAAGAAAUGGGCAUCGAAGAAGACAAUAUUAGGAAAUACACAACGCCGUCAUAUAGAGCCCCCGAGGUUAUGUGGGAUUUAUUUAUGAGAGAGCUCAUAAGUGAGAAGGUCGACAUAUGGGCUCUUGGCUGUCUCCUCUUCAGAAUAUGCUAUUUCAAGAAUGCAUUUGAUGGAGAAUCGAAGCUACAGAUAUUAAAUGGGAACUAUCGUAUACCAGACAUGCCUAAGUACACUUCAUAUGUCACUGAUUUGAUCAAAGACAUGCUUCAAGCUUCACCAGAUGAACGACCAGAUAUCACACAGGUUUGGUUUCGUGUCAAUGAACAGUUGCCUGCUAAUUUGCAGAAGUCAUUACCUGAUAGACCACCUGAGAUGCAAUCUACUGAAGUUCAUGCCGGGUCAUCCAACUUUGCAAAUAAAUCUUCUCCUGUACCUCUGAGAAGUCCACCUCCACCAACUUCUUCUUCUGGAGAAACGGCUUGUGGAGGCCAGCUCGGUGCAUUCUGGUCCACUCAACAUGCGAAGAACUCACUUUCCAUGGACGGGAAAAUCAUUCCUAAAUCUGAUGAACUGAAUAGGUACAGUAACACAUUGAAAACUGAAAGAGUUCGUGUGGAGAGUCAUCAUUUACACAAAAACCCGAGCCCUGUGAGAGAAGCACGUGCUGCACAAAGGAAUUCACACCCUUCCAAUUUAAUCCCUGCAACCGACAGGCCGAAAGUGUCAAAAGAUGAUGCUUUCAACACUUUUGUAGCAGAAUUCGAUACCAAGAAGCUUGAUAAUGGCACUGGUAAUGGUAAAUCUGCCAAGGAUGAGACAUUGGAAGCUGAGAUCGAGAGGCUCAAAGAACAGUUGAAACAAGCUAACACAGAAAAGGCUGAGAUGACUGCCAAGUUCGAAAAGCUUUCUUGUAUAUGCAAAACUCAGAGACAAGAGUUACAUGAGCUAAAGCAAAGGCUUGCUGCUAAAACUUCAGCAUCUCCUAGCCGAGACAGUCCACAAAUUCAAAUUUCAUCGGGAGCUCGUUCAACUCUUCCGGAAGACAGAUCAGAUUGGGCGAGUGGGAACUCGGCCCCGAAGGCAUGGAAAGCUUUCAGCGAUGAACCCAAACCCGGGUUGCAGACUGCAUCAAAGGGCAACAACAUUAGUAAUAAUCAGUCUGUUAUAACCAGAAACAGUCAGCCAAGCAAGACAGCAAGCCAAGGUUUCGAUCCAUGGGGUUUCGAGACAGAUUCGUUCAGAGCCGCCACCACACUGUCUUCUUCUGCCUCUGCAAUGCAAAGACCUCUCGGCUCGGAUAACAACGCCCCUCAACCUGCUGGAUGGGCAGGCUUCUAACUUUCAUGCCAUUGAGUUCCAAUAUGAAUGUCAAAGAUCUUGGUUCAAGGUUAUCGACUGGACAUAUCUUAAUCAUAAACCUAGUCAAGAUCUGGGUACUGGUGUCAGAACCGAUGAAUUGUGUCUAAAGCCUGAAACUUUGACAGUUCUGCAAAUCAAACCCACCACGAGAAGCUACAGCAUUUCCGUAAAGUACAAGAAAGAAAAGUCUCGGAAUUUCAGACAAGAAGAAACACCCACAAGGCAGAUUUCCGGAAGUCAUAUUAUCUCUGAAACCCACGACUUAAGUUCGAAGGAUUUCGAUAUAGACAAGGCAGAAGACAUAACUAUAAAUUUAAAGACAAUAUUGAUAUUCAGUUAAAUUUUGUUGGGUGUAAAAAAAAAAUAUAUAUUCUUGGGAAAAAAUCCGCUAAAUCUUUUUCUUUGAGAAGUAACGGCGCCUCGUGGAAAUUUGAAUCUUUGCUUCGUGCUUCGUAUCAAUACAACGGAAAUUAUUCA